CAGUUAAAACCCCUCUCUUUGUAAGACGGGGCUGAUCAUGAUUGUCACAACACCAUUGUUUACAAAAAAAGUUAGCAUUAGAAGUUCAAAGAAAACAAAGAUCCGGAACGUACGACUCCUUGAUACCUGGUUCCACUGUGGAGAAGAAGACGAAGGAGAAGAGUUUACAAAUUCUUUGCAACUAUUUUGCCACCGGCUGCGUAGCUGAUGCGCCAUACAUAAAAUGGCCCUUGCUAACGUAUUAAUACUGAGCCAAAUUGCUGGCCAUGUCUUUGCAUUUAUCCUGUCGAUGUGCAUCUUUAUUCCGCUCGCUAUACAUGUUCGAUCGUUCGAUGGUCACUGUUUACUGUUUACCACUGGCACGUGGCAGGAAAAGGAUGGUCUGUUCGAUGUAAGGUGGGCCUCGGAAGCUUACUGCAACUAUCCCAUUAUCGUCGGUGUCUGCUUGUUCAUCAUUGCCGGUGUUCAAAUCUAUAGGAUGGCGCUGUUGGCAUACCGUGAACUUGAGAGCUCCUUUCUGGGGUUAUUUUUCGACGUAGUAUUUAGCAUUUCCCUGUGCACAAUGACCCUUAUCGCCGCUAUCAUCAUUACGCUUGGUUUCAUGGCCUGGUGUGGAGAGAUGACCGCACGUUUCCCAUCAUGUGAAAUCGCGGAUGGGCAGAACAUAACAAACGUGGAGCUCAACAUCCAGACGUCCGGAUUCUACAUCGAAAUGGGCACAGCACAGUUUGGCGCAUGGGCAUCGUUUGCGACCUGGGUAGGUUUGUCCGUUUUUUCGCUGUUAAAACUGAUCAACAACCACCAGGUGCGCAACAUCCGCGUAUCGAUGUACAUCGAGCGGCAGCGUUUGGUAAACGAGGAAGUCUAUCGCAAUACCACAUCCGAACUGCCGUCAGGAGCACUAAGUGAUAACUAAUCAUGCAAUACUUGAUAGGCUUGUAGGGCGCAACGUGUACCGGCAAGCCUCAGGCUGUCUAGGUGAAUGGAAUGUAAUGAAAAUUAGUAGCUGAAAAGCACAUCCAUUGAGAUAUUGUUUCCUUACAUUACUAACAUUAUAUUUGGUGUACAAGGCUUUAUUUUUAACAUUCUACUCGAUUUGUAUAAGUAUACCGUUAUCGCACAUUUACGAAAGUCGGUUUAGCGCAAAACAAAAUUCCAUUGAACUAAUGUUACAUUCUCGAAAUAAGGUGAACACGUGAAUAAAAUAGAAAGAAAUAUACAUAAUCACGAACCGCUCAAUA